AUGGCAGCGCUGAGCGACGACGACUCGCUUUGGCGACUGCUCUACGCUCGCGCGUGGGGCCGAGGCGUGGGCGCCAACGCCCUCUUCGCCCAUCCCGCCACUCACAAUCACACAAGCCCCAUCUCCAAUGCCCGUGUGACCCCACGCGGCUGUACGGGAUCGGGGGCAGAUGCAAGGGGGGAGUCGUGGAAGGGGCGGGCGAAGGAGAGCCUGCGCGUGUGGACCAACUGGAAGCGGGGCGACUACGGAGAGGAGAAGCUCAUGGGCCACCGAUCAUCGAUCUACGCCCUCCAGCUCGCUCGCAGCAGCAGCAGCAACAACAACAACAACAACGCACGUGGCGACGGUGACGUGCUCAUCUCGGCCUCUGCCGACGGACUCAUCAAGGUGUGGGAUCUGGAGUCCAUGAAGGCAAUCGCCACCGAGGAGAACCACAGAGCCGGGGUUGGUUGGGUCGUCCGCGUCUGCAUCGGACGGGUUUCGAUCCACCUGUGGAACUUCACCCACCCGACCCGAACGUCAUCAUCAUCAUCAUCAUCGUCAUCAUCGUCGUCAUCAUCAUCAUCAUCAUCAUCAUCAUCAUCAUCAUCAUCAUCAUCAUCAUCAUCAUCAUCGGGAUCACCUCCGCCGGAGGGAGGGCCGAUCCUGCGGCAGGUGCGGACGCUCUACCACCCGGGUGUGUACUCCAUCCAGCUCGAUGCCCAACUGGACUGCGUCAUGACCGGCUCCAGCUCCGACGCAGAUGUGAAGGUGUGGUCAUUGGGGACUGGUCAGGAGUCGACGACGCUACGGGGCCACAAGGCAGGCCUGUGCGCGCUGCAGUUCGACGAUCAACGUCUGGUGACGGCCUCCGAGGAUCGCACG